ACGGAGGGAGCGAGGUAGCGAGUGGAGAAGAACAGAAACGUGUUUCCUCGGCUCCUCCUUCCUCCUUUCUUUCCUCCUCCCGUAAACCCAAAUUUUUUAACCUCCACCAGGGAUAAAGAGAGGGAGAAAGAGAGGGAUGGAAUCGAACGCCAAUGCCGGAAAAUCGUUGGAGAACAGCAGGAAUCACGCGCCCUUUGUUGGACCGGAGAAGGUCAUCAUCGACACGGAUCCAGGGAUCGUAUGCCUCAGUAUGGGUCGGUAGACACCUCGGUAUGCCUCGAUACGGGGCCUAUACUGACUUAAACUUGAGUUUCAUAUUCGUUCCCAUCUGGUACGAUGAUAGCAUGACUAUUAUGAUGGCAUUUCAAACACCAGAAAUUGAAGUUUUAGGUUUAACUACAAUAUUUGGCAAUGUUAGUACAGAAGAUGCUACUCGCAAUGCUUUACUAUUGUGUGAGAUCGCAGGGCGUCCAAAUGUUCUGGUAGCAGAGGGCAGCCAUGAGCCUUUAAAGGGAGGAAAGCCACGUGUUGCUGACUUUGUACAUGGAUCUGAUGGCCUUGGGAAUAUAUUUCAUCCACCACCUGCAGGGAAAAAAUCUGAGAAAAGUGCAUCUGAGUUUUUGGUUGAGAAGGUUUCUCAGUAUCCUGGUGAUGUAUCAAUACUUGCAUUGGGACCAUUAACAAAUUUAGCAUUGGCCAUCAAAAGGGACUCAUCCUUUGCAAGAAAGGUGAAGAGGGUGGUUAUACUUGGCGGGGCUUUCUUUGCAUCUGGAAAUGUCAAUCCUGCUGCUGAAGCAAAUAUCUAUGGGGAUCCAGAAGCUGCUGACAUUGUGUUUACUUGUGGAGCAGAUAUUGUUGUUGUUGGCAUAAACAUCACCACUCAAGUCAGAUUUACAGAUGAAGACCUCUCAGAACUAAGAAAUUCAAAAGGAAGGCACACACAAUUCAUAUGUAACAUGUGCAAGUUCUACAGAGACUGGCAUGUAAAAUCUGAUGGUGUCUAUGGGAUUUUCCUCCAUGACCCAGUCAGCUUUGCAGCACUAGUCCGAUCAGAUCUCUUUACAUUCAGAAAAGGGGUUGUGAGGGUGGAGACACAGGGCAUCUGUGUAGGACAUACAUUAAUGGACCAAGGAUUAAAAAAGUGGAACACAAUGAACCCUUGGUCAGGCUAUUCACCAAUUUCAGUUGCAUGGACAGUUGAUGUGCCUGGAGUUCUUGCAUUUAUCAAAGAACUGCUUAUGAAACCAUGAAAACAGAAAUCAGUCUCAGCUACCAAUAUGAUUUGUGCUAUGGAUCUGAUAUGGAGGUGUUAGCUAUCUGUUUAUUUGGAACUUGCUUCUCUCUUCUUCUUUACGACUGUAAAUGUUGGAUUUGAAAGCUUAACUUGUCACAUUGAGUCACCAAAUAUUUUGGUGCUUUCAUGAAAUUUCUACAUGACAGAUGUUAUAUAUUUUAUUAAGUGAACGUACAAUUUCUAUUCCAUGGUUGAAA